AUGCACCGCAAUAAAGUAACCGUUAAGGUAUCAAAUGACUUGCUCACUGGGCCAGUGACUUUUGAAGAGGCGAGCGCUGGCGAUUGCGUAGGAAACUUUACUGUCGGUAAGUUGCAAGUUACAAGUGGAAUGUUUUCAUGCAUUGACGUCGUCGUAACUUUCAGUUCUUCAACCAUGGCUUCUCUAGCCACUUGGUUCCUUCCUACUUUAUUCUUGGUGUUCGCCUCUUGGUUGCAUUUCUGGAUCCAUGGCAGCUGGUCGGUUCCACGUACCAUCUCAGCCGCCCUUCCGUUUUUCAUCUUUGCCGUCAUAUUUGUGAGUGUUUGUAUAUCAUCGUUUAUCUCCCAGCAAGUUGAGGGGCAGAGCUUUCCAUUGAGCCAUGACGGCCAGAAUCUGAAAAAUCUGAAAUCUGAAAAUCUGAAAAGGCCUUCACAAUCUGAAAAGGCUUUCAUAGAUAGGUUGUCAUCACUCCUUGGACAUCAACGUUCUGGGUUUCAGACGUUGGAAGUUGCGUACAACACGAAAUGCGCCAGCUUCAGGAACAACAACGGCGUCGACGUGAUAGCUCGUCUUCUGUUUCCUCUCGUGUUCAUCAUAUUUUUGAUAAUCUACCUGGUUUUCCUUAUCUGA